GUUUAACAAAAAUGAUGUCGUUAGAGCUUAAAAGGGGAAAAAUUUCAGUCUCAUCGACUUCACUGUGUCAAUAGUUGCUAGCCAAAUGGUGCGAAAGAAGGCUGUUUCCUCCAAGCCGAAGCCAUCGAGAGCCGCCGAGGAUUCAGAAAACCGCCGGCCCAGCAACGCCGAGAGGUCUGCUUACUUCGCAAGGAGAGAGGCAGCUAAGGUCUUGCAGAGAGUGCUGCAAGGCGAUGCGCAACGCCGAGCCGUUGCUUCCAUCAAAUCCCUCGUCUAUAACCCAUCCGUUAGGAACAAAAGAGCGACUUUUGCUCUCGUCUGUCAAACGCUAAAGCAUUUACCUAUCAUUAAGGACGUCUUGGAGUCUGCUGCGAUACUCAAUAGCAAGUGGAAGAAGCAAGUGGAAUUAGUGUACAUAAUAGCAUAUGACAUUUUAUUUGGGCAGAAUUUGCAGGAAAUCUCGCUGGUUGGUGGUGAUGCUGAGAAGUUUCUCAUUCACAGGAGAAAUGCUCUCCAGUCUGCUCUGGCAAAGCUUUUAGUGAGGAAGAAAGUAAAGAACCUUGAUGAUUUGAUUGCUCUUUACCAACCUCCUGAUAUUUCUAAACCCUGUUAUGUUCGUGUAAAUACUCUGAAAUCAGAUGUCAAUUCUGCUCUGCUUGAAUUUGGAAAACAAUUCACGGUUCAGAAGGAUGACAUGGUACCUGACCUGUUGAUACUCCCUCCACAUGCUGACUUACACAAUCAUCCUCUGAUCUUGAAUGGAAGUGUCUUUGUGCAAGGGAAGGCAAGUUCAAUGGUGGCAGCAGCUCUUGAUCCCAAACCAGGCUGGGAGGUUCUUGAUGCAUGUUCUGCUCCAGGAAACAAAACUGUCCAUCUUGCGUCUCUUAUGAAAGGGAAGGGAAGAAUUAUAGCAUGUGAGUUGAACAAGGAUAGGAUUAAGCGUCUAGAACAAACUGUCGGACUCUCUGGUGCUACUAACAUUGAAGUUCUGCAUGGUGAUUUCUUGAACUUAAAUCCAGCAGAUCCUUCUUUUUCCAAGAUCCGUGCUAUUCUUCUAGAUCCUUCUUGUUCUGGAUCCGGGACCGCUGCACAGAGGUUAGACCAUUUACUCCCAUCUCAUGCUGCUGAUGUCCCCGAGGCAGAAAGACUGAACAAGCUUGCAGCUUUUCAAAAGAAGGCUCUGGCUCAUGCAUUAUCUUUCCCGGCUGUUGAGAGAGUUGUUUACAGCACAUGCUCUAUUUACCAAACUGAGAAUGAAGACGUAGUCAUGUCAGUUUCACCCCUUGCAGCAUCCCAUGGCUUUGUGCUUGUCACUCCCUUUCCUCAGUGGCACCGUCGUGGUAUCCCAGUUUUUGAGGGCUCUGCUCAUUUGCUUCGAACGGAUCCUGUUGAGGACAAAGAAGGCUUCUUCAUUGCUCUAUUUGUCAAGAACGGCAAUGUUAACGAUUCAGAAGAAUUAUCUGGAUCCAGAGAGGUUGCUGGAACUCUUUCAACUAAGAGACGCCAUUUUAAAAGACUGAGCCAUGUGCGCAGAAAUAAACGUUUAUUGCCUGUGCUCUACAGCAGUGUGUCAAAAAUAUUGUACCCCCCACACAUUUUGCCGAGGAGGAGAAUCUGUAGAACAUAAAAUAAUAUUUUAUUCUGAUAUUUUAUACGCUUAGAACUGUUAGACAGAGCUUCUGUUGUUAGAAACUCAAUGGUCUUAUAUCAUUUAUUAGCAUUUAGUAAUGAGAUGAUACCGUCGUUUUCCCCAAA